UAGAGGCAAGAGAGGCGAGCUAGCCUGUUAGCACCUAGCUGCAUCCUAGCCCAUUUAUGUCCUACUAUUGAACAAACCGGCCGCACUAAAAUAGACGAAUGGUUAUUUUAAAGAGCUGUUUGAUGCGACUGAGAGCGCCUGUCGCUAAAUUGAAACAGUUGUCGCGAACGUUGCACUGUACCAUUCAGAUAUCAUUAAACGCUCGAGCGGAACCUUUCGGAUGCUAAACUAGUUAGCCUGGACUGCGUGUGGAAUUAGCUGCUGCUAUCCUGCAGGCCCUGCACGCCGCUAGCUAUAAGCUAGCUUGCCUUCGUAUUGCUUUGAAGGCUUACUUGGGGAUAUUUCCAAGCAGAAGGUGUUGAAAAUGAAGAAGAAAGGGAGACAUCAUCGUGGAGCCAAAUCACAAAGACCCCCAUCGCCCAUCAAACCGUCAAGAAACCGUGAGACUCUGACCUAUGCUGAGGCACAACGGAUGGUUGAGUUGGAAAUAGAUGGACGUGUUCACCGACUCAGCAUUUACGACAAGCUUGAUGUAAUCAGCAGUGAUGAUCCUUUAGCUCAGGAGAUCAGUGAAUGCAACAGUAACAAGGAAAAUGCAGAGGAACCCCAACAGGUUUUGGUGCGCUCUGUGCGGCUCAAAAACAAUCAGCAGAAGAAGAGUUCUACUUUGAACACAGGGCAGGGUUCUCCAGCUCAGGGCAGGCUACCAGAGCCGAAAAUUCGAAUGAUUGAAUAUAAUCUUCCAGCUGUGCCGCGAAGACCUUCUACUUAUUACUCUCAUAUCGAGAAGACCUCAGAUGAGCUGGAUGAGGAGGUGGAAUAUGACAUGGAUGAAGAAGAUUAUGCAUGGUUGGAGCUGAUCAAUGAGAAAAGGAAGAGCGAGGGUUUCAGUCAGGUUUCCCAGAAUGUUUUUGAAUUCUUAAUGGACCGCUUUGAGAAAGAGUCCUUUGUUGAGAACCAGGGUCAGGGAGAUCCGCAGUCCUUCAUUGAUGAGGAUGCAGUCUGCUGCAUCUGCAUGGAUGGCGAGUGCCAGAACAGUAAUGCUAUUCUGUUUUGUGACAUGUGCAAUUUAGCAGUGCAUCAGGAGUGUUAUGGGGUGCCCCACAUACCAGAGGGCCAGUGGUUGUGCCGACACUGUUCACAGUUUCCCUCCCAACCUGCAGAGUGCAUUUUUUGUCCCAAUAAAGGUGGAGCACUUAAGAGGACAGAUGAUGAUCGAUGGGGCCAUGUAGUCUGUGCUAUCUGGGUUCCUGAAGUUGGUUUUACUAACACCGUUUUCAUUGAGCCUAUUGAUGGUGUAGCUAAUAUUCCACCAGCUCGUUGGAAACUGACCUGCUACCUCUGUAAAGAGAGAGGGGUUGGAGCUUGCAUUCAGUGCAGCAAGGCCAAUUGUUACACCGCCUUUCAUGUGAGCUGUGCUCAGAAAGCAGGCUUAUACAUGAAGAUGGAGCCAAUCAAAGAGGUGACUGACACAGGUUUUGCCACGUUUUCAGUGAAGAAGACAGCUUAUUGUUGUUCUCAUAGUCCUAGUGGAUGUACCAGAAGGCCUCUUACCAUUUAUGAUGAAGCUCAACCCAAAAACAGCCUUUGUCAAAAGGGCAAACAAAAAAGACGCAGGGCAAAAGUGAAAGGAUGCCAGAAGAAGAAAAAUAAAAAAGUAGAUGCACAGUCAGUUCCAGCGGUUCCGGCUGUUUCAGUACCCAGGAUAACACCUGAAAGCUUCAGCACCAUCCUCAACCAAGUCUCUGUUCAGAAGAAAAGACAGUUUGUGGAACGUGUUCUCAGUUACUGGAUGCUGAAGAGGCAGUCAAGAAACGGUGUACCCUUAAUCCGGCGCCUGCAAUCUACCAUCCAGGCUCAAAAAGUACCACGAUUGGAACACCGUGAGGAGGACUGCCAGGCAUUAAAGGAACAGCUGAAAGAUUUGCAUCGUUUACGCCAUGACCUAGAGAGGACACGUUUACUACUGGAGCUCAUUCGAAAGAGAGAGAAGCUCAAGAGAGAGCAGAUGAAGCUUCAGCAGUCAGCGCUAGAGAUGCAGCUCAAUCCAUUCACCAUCAUGCUGCGAGCUGUGUUGAACCAGCUACAGGAAAAAGACCAGUCCAGGGUCUUUGCCCAGCCUGUCAGCAUCAAGGAGGUUCCAGACUAUCUUGAUCACAUCAAGCAUCCGAUGGACUUCUCUACCAUGAGGAAACGCAUUGAUGCACAUGAAUACAAGAGCUUUGAUGAGUUUGAGGAUGACUUCAAUCUUAUCAUCAAUAACUGCAUGACGUACAAUGCUAAGGAGACCUUUUUUUACCGUGCUGCUGUGCGCCUGCGAGACCACGGAGGAGCUAUUCUCAGGAAGACUCGACGAGAUGCAGAGAGAAUAGGAUUUGAUUUUUCCAGUGGGAUGCAUCUUCCUGAGCCACCUAAAAUAGAACCUUCUCCAUUGCUGACCUGGGAAGAGGUGGACCGGUUGCUAAAUCCUGCUAAUCGACUGCACAUGCCUUUGGAAGUGCAGCUCAAUGCACUGCUAGAGAUGCUUGAUUUAACAAGUGCGAUGAAAUCUAGCCCAUCACGGAGCAAGCGCCUCAAGCUGCUCAAAAAAACCAUCAACGAUGUACGACUUGAAAUGAGCCAGAAGACUACAUGUCCUCCCUCAGAACAGAGCCAGUCCCAGGAGAACACACCACUUCCUGUUCCAGAAUGUUUGGAAGAAGUUGAUAAGACAUUACCUCCAAAACUAGAGCCAUCGGCUUCAACUCCACUUGUCACAAAUUCAGAAAAUCUCUCAGAGCCUCCUGCACUGAAACCCAUGGACCUCAGCCCUGAGAAAUGCCAGAGAAAAAUUGCACUUGAUGGCAAGAUGAUCUCUACCUCAUUGUUAAACGGACUGUCCUCUGAUCUGCAGUCCUCUGAUCUACAGCCUUCUGAAAACAGCAUUAUGGUAGCUACUUCCACUCUCACAGAACCAGCAGGUACAAUUAACAGAAGGACUGCAGUGCUGUUCCGGAAAUCUAAGAGUAUGAGUCCACAGAAACCAGUAAAAACAGGAGACGCUUCAGUGGACUGCCCUCAGCUCGGCACCAAAACAUUCCUGUCAGUUGUUAUUCCACGCCUUGAGACACUGCUUCAGCACAGGAAAAGAGCUCAUAGUGGAGACAGCCAAGACGGGGGUAAAGAGGAAUGCUCGGCCAAGCGUUUUAAUACAGGUUUCUCUAAUGGUUGUCUAAUACUGGAGCAGCAAAAACAGUUGAGCAGUAGAGUCCUAGAACCUCGCCGUCGCUGUGCCUCUGAGUCCAGUAUCUCCUCAAGUGGCAGCGCUAGUCUGCUGGACAGCACCAGUAGUGCUGUCAGUCAGCCAAGGAGCGGCAAAGGGAAGCAGGCAAUGGCACGGCGAAACACAACAGAUGACCGAAACGAACUGAUCGCACGCGUGGAAACGGGGAACCUUUCCAAAACAAGCAAGCUGGCAUCUGAGCUUGACCACAGCAAUAUAUGGAUCCCCUCUAAUACUACCACACUAACUCUGGAGCCCUUUAAACUAGUCUGGGCAAAACUUAGUGGAUAUCCCUCCUACCCUGCCUUGAUCAUAGACCCACAGAUGCCCCGAAUGGGCUUCCAUCACAACGGCGUGUUCAUACCCACGCCUCCACGGGACGUGCUCAGAGUCGGCGAGCUGAUGCAGUACAGGUCAGAGGAGAAACUCUUCCUCGUCCGCUUCUUCGACAACAAGCACAACUGGCAAUGGCUUCCUAAGACCAAAAUGGUACCAUUUGGAGUUGACAAAACAUUAGAUAAAAUCAAAAUGUUGGAGGCUCGCACAUCAAGCACACGGAAAGCUGUGCAAAGCGCUUUCACCCGUGCCAUGAAACACUUGAGCUUAGUCCAGGACUUCAGCUGUGGUGACUGAACUUCACUCACUGGCCACUUGAGGGUUUGUUAUCCCCGGGCUUGCCUAUCAUCACACCUGCAUAUUUGGCUGGCCGUGUUUGCAGGGAGUCUAAAUGGGCUCCUUCUCCCUGGCCUUCCAUCAGGAGCGGAAUGAGCUUCUUUAAGGAUGACUGUGAGAGGAUCUUCACGAAUGUGCUGUAGCACUGCUGUGAAUAUUUACUGCCAUCACCAUCCUUCAGAAUAGCCACGUAGCCAACCUUGCCUGUAAAUACAAGAUCGCUGUAAGUUAUCCAACACUAAUUUAUUAUGCUUCAGUUGGUACCGCACAUUACCUCGAGGAAGAUUUGUACUCCAAGGUGAACAGAGCACUGAGGUGCAGACCCCACUGGUGCUACUUUGCAAGCAAAGCCUCAAGAUUUUUCCUCCUGUCUAAAGACACGAACUAGGCUUUUGCACUUACUGUAUCAAACGAAAUUCCUUUUUAGCAGUUAACUUAUUCUAAGUUACCAAUGCAAGCUUCUCCUACUUGGCAUUAAUGUUAUCCAAUUUUUUUAUACAAUGAAUAAAAAAAAAAUUCUUACAACUA